CUGAAUGAAGAGACAGAUAGACAGAGAGAGAGAGAGAGAGGUUGUGUUUGCCUCUUUAUAAGUGCUGAAAGAGAAACAGGAGACAUGGGAGGGGCAGCUGCUUAGAGAGAACCGGUUCUGUGUGUGUGUGUGUGUGUGUGUAGGGUGGUUUAGUUUCAGCAUCAUGUAUGGUGCAUGUAAUAUGAUGUGUGUCCCUGUGCAUGUGUGUGUUUAAUCAGUUGACGUUUUCGGUUGAACUGCCGAAUCGUGGGUUUAUUCGCUUUCUAUUUAUUCUAUGGUUAUGUAAAUUUGAAGAAUUUUGCAUCCAGCUCAAGCAUUUGCCUCUGACUGUAUCCUCCUUCUCCCUGACCCCCGGUAAUGAGGGGAUGGAGCAGCCUCCUGAACACAAGAUGAACUCUGAGGGGGCAGAAGGCAGACCAGCUCCUCCCACUACUCUGCCACUGAAGGGUGAUGAAGGCGGCUCUCAGAGGAAAAAGCUCUCAGCCCCUCGCAUCAGCCUCUCGCUAGAUCAAAGCGAAGACGACCUGUUCGACACGCCUGAUGACCUGGACAUUAACGUGGACGAUUUGGACACACCGGACGAGGCGGACAUCCUGGACUACACUGAUCAUGAGUUGGACUGGGAAGAGCCUCAGGAAUCUCAGAGAGCGCCAGUGAAGGAGGAGAGUGAACCCAUCCCUACAUACAGCUCAGAGGAGGAGCGACAGGACUCCAAACUCUGGAGGACUGUCAUCAUCGGGGAACAGGAGCACCGCAUCAAUAUGAAGUGCAUUGAACCUUACCAAAAAGUCAUCUCCCAUGGAGGCUACUAUGGGAACGGUGCGAAUGCCAUCAUUGUAUUUGCUGCUUGCUUCCUUCCGGAUAGCGAUAGCGAGGACUAUCAUGAAAUAAUGGAGAACCUCUUUCUGUAUGUGAUCAGCACUCUGGAGCUGAUGGUAGCGGAGGACUACAUGAUCGUCUACCUGAACGGGGCCACGCCUCACAGGAGGACGCCUGGUCUCGGCUGGCUGAAGAGGUGCUACCAGAUGAUCGACAGGAGGCUCCGAAAGAACCUGAAAUCUUUUAUUAUUGUUCAUCCUUCCUGGUUUAUCAGGACUAUCCUAGCCAUCACCAGACCCUUUAUCAGUUCAAAGUUCAGCAGUAAGAUUAAGUAUGUGAACAGUUUAGCAGAGCUGGAAGAGCUAAUCCCUAUGGAAUACGUCCAUAUUCCCGAAUGCAUCAUCAAAACAUGUCGAGAUGGGAGGGUGGGCUGUAGGGAAGAGGAGCGAAAAGCUGCACAGAGGAUACAAAAAAAGAGGUUGGAGGUUAAAGGACUCGAUGAGGAGUUACAGGAAGCAGGAGAGAACUCGAAAAUCAACAGCUUCCUCCAGGGACCUGAUGUGCCACAGCCUGAAUCUCAACCCAGUACAAGCAGCUUCUAAGCCAAGGGCGCAAUGAAGGAAUGCAUGGCUGUGUGUGUGUGUGUGUGUGUGUGUGUGUGUGUGUGUGUAAUAAGAGAUAAUGCGAAAGCUGGAUUUUACCCCCUAAAUAUAUCUACUGCCCAAAACACACUUCCUCACACACACACAUCAUCUCACGAACUGGUUUCCAGCACUGACCAGUCACAGCCGUGCAUCGUUUCUCUCAGACGGACAUCUUUUUACAUCUUCUCGUGAUACGCCUUCCUUUUCCUUUACUUUUUAAAUAUGCAUGGACAGCAAUAAUAUCAUGUAUGAUAUCAUGCUCACACUCAUACACACACACACACAUACACGACAUUAUCAUGUAGUGGAAUAAGAACAACACCUCGGUAUCUUCACACGCGUGUUCUUGCUCGGAAAUCCUGGACGACGGAAUCAUUUUUCUAGCAUCGACGCUUAAAUAGUCUUUUAAAUCUUUGUAGAAAUUGAUGUUACUGCAAAAAAAAAAGAAAGAAAAGAUGAUUAGGAAUAAGAUGAGGUUAUACAUCAGCACUUGUUAAGCCUCACCAGCAGACUUUUAUUUCUCUGAUAUCAGGGGUGGACAAAUCAUACACUUAGAUAGAUAGACUGAUAGACAGACAGACAGAUACAUAGAUAGACAGAUAGAUAGAUAGACCUGGUUAGAAGCACUGAAGCUUCAGCUAGACUGAAUGAAGUCUGAUAUUCAGGUGGGAUUCAGGUUAAGUAAAGUUAAUAAGGAAAGGUUUUUGUUGUUGUUUGUUAAACCGACUCAACUGAUGAUCUGGAUAUAUCUUUUUACUGAUUUGUCCGCCUCUGUAACCUGGUCCUAUAGCCUAUAGUGUUUAAAAAAAAAAACCUCAGUGUAUGUGUGUGUGUGCGUGUGUUUUCAUUCACAGUGUUUGCCACGUGAAAUAUAUAUAAAUAUAUAUAUAUAUAUAUACAACAUCGGAAUUAGCCGAGUAAAUCCCCCCAGCAUGCAGAGUCAGACUCCUAACAUGUCUCUCGAUGUAGCUCCUGUGUCUACAUUCUGUACCAACACCUUGUUGAGUGUGAACGUGUGCGAGUUGUUUGUACGUGUGUUCGUGUUUCGGUUGUGCGUUUGUGUGCCAUUCGGUCUCUCAGGUUGCCGUAAACAGGAAAUGACCUCACAGGCGGACGAAGGACAAUACAGCUGCAAAGCACAAUAUCCACAUCUCUGUGGUGUGUGUAUGUGUGUGUGUGCGGGCGAAGGCAUGUCACUGCAUGUCUCCUAGUUGUUAAUAUAUUAAAAAAUGUGGUCAUUUGGAAUAAAGCUAAAAUAUAUAUAUAUUGGAACAGACCCAGAGGCCUUGUAAAAUAAUGCAGAUCAUAUCAAUAAAUUUACCUCUAAUCUGA